UCAUUCACAUCAGCGAGUCAAACAGUGGAGCAGUGGACGAGAACAGAAGGCAUAGAUGAAAGACUGCAGGCUAAAAGUUUAGUUGUAAUAUUAAACAAACGAGCAAUGAAAAGUAACACUCUUGCAAGAUAAAGAACAUAUUUCCUCAUCACUGUCAAGUUUAGAGCUGCAGAAUUUCCAGUUCUGGGAUUAUAUUUAGCUUAAACCCGUAUCAGAGCUGGAGGAGGACGGCACCAUGAGGCUGAUAGUAUCAGGUCUGCUUCUGUUCUUAACAAUCUCUGUUCCUGCGGGUCAGACUGCAAAAUGCCCACGAGUCUGCGUCUGCGACGACACAAAGCUCACUGUGACGUGUGUAGGGAAGAAUCUCACACAUAUUCCUCCUACUAUAAAUGAGAUCACAGUGAAACUGGACCUGAAGAGGAAUAAUCUUGGGGAACUGCCUAAAAAUGCGUUCAAACACACCCCCUACCUGACCCACCUGAACCUGCAGGGAUGCAGUAUCCAGUCCGUCAGAGAGGGAGCGCUCCGUGGGCUUUCACGUCUGGUGCAGCUUGACCUCACUAACAACAAGAUAGACAUCCUCUACCAGGAAUCGUUUGAUGGUCUAUCAUCACUGAAGCAGUUGUAUUUAGACCGGAACCGCAUUGAAGAGAUCCACCCUGGAGCAUUUGCUGCAUUAAACUCUGUAACCCUGCUCUCCCUCACUCAUAACCAGCUAGUCUACCUCCCCAACAUGGCAUUCCAGGGAAUGCUGAAUAUCCAGUGGCUGCGUUUGAGUCAUAACUCUCUAAACAAUCUGGCGACUGAAGCCUUUGCUGGUCUUCUUGCACUCACACACUUAAACCUGGACCAUAAUGAACUCCAGUACUUUCCUACCAAAAGUAUGACCAGAUUGAUGGAGUUGACUCACCUGGAUAUGAGUUUUAACCCCAUGACAUAUCUGGUGGAGGAGAGUGUGUCCAUGCCCAAACUCACACAUCUGUCUCUGCACCACAUGGCUCUGCAGGACCUUUCUGAAUCAGCUCUGUCUCUGUCUCCUCACAUCUCUCACCUAGAUCUGAGCUACAACCAGCUCCCUUACAUACAGGCCCUCAAAGUGUCCUCGCAGCUCACCAGCCUUAACCUCAGCGGGAACCCGAUCAGAUGUACGUGUUUGCUGCGAGCGCUGAAGAUGUGGACGCUGAGCUCAGGAAUCAAGCUCUAUGGGGCCUGUGCUUGGCCCCCACACCUCUCAGAUGAGCCUCUACAAAAUGUUCAAGAACAGGACCUCCGCUGCAGACCACAUGACGAGCUGAGGCCGGAUCUGAUAGAAACAGAAGCAAAAGAAGAAGAUGGAGUGCAAGAAAAGGCUGUGCCAGCUGCCAAGCCAAAGAAAAAGAGCAAAUGCCCAAAGAAUUGCCAUUGUGAGGCUGCAGUUCAGCACGCUACAUGUGAGGACCGCGGCCACACUAAAGUGCCCACUGGUUUCCCUGGCAACACUCUUCUGCUUGACUUGCGUGGAAACCAUUUCCAUUAUCUUCCUAGCAACAGUUUCCCCGGUGUCCCAGAGGUGGUGUCUCUACACCUGGACAGCUGUAUGAUCCAUGAGAUCGAGGGUGGCGCCUUCCGGGGCAUGAAGGAGCUAACGUACCUCUACCUGUCCAACAACCAGCUGUCCUCCCUGGACACAAAAACCUUCGAAGGUGCCCAUGAGAUCAUGUACCUUCACCUGGAAGGCAAUAAACUCACUCGGUUUCCUUCUUCAGACACACUGGCUCACAUCCCCAAACUCCUCGAGCUGCAUCUGGAGAGGAACCUGAUAGCUAAACUAGAGCCUUCAGGGCUCCUCUCCCCGGUCCCCCAGCUGUCGGGCCUUUACCUCAGUAAUAACACCAUCACAUCCAUAGUGCCAAAAGCUCUGGAUCCAGCACACAAGCUGGAUGUCCUUCAUCUUGAAGCUAAUGCGCUAACAGAAGUGCCGAGUGAUGCACUAGGCCACGCCCCUCGUUUGUCUGAGCUCCGCCUCUCAGGGAAUCCGAUUCGCUGGAUUGGGCCAAGAGCGUUUUGGGCAGUGGCUGAAAGUCUGAAGCACCUGUACAUUGAUAGAAUGAGUCUUCAGAAGAUGAGUGCGAGUUCUCUGGCAGGGUUUGGUCCUGGUCUGUUGUCUUUGUCUCUGGAAGAGAAUCAGUUAGAGGAGUUGCCUGACCUUUCACCUCUUACUGGACUUCAAUAUCUUACCCUCAACAAAAAUCCAUUAAUGUGUGACUGCAAAUUACUUCCAUUUUACAGAUGGUUGAACAAUGCGAGUCUGAGGGUUGAGGCCAUGUGCGGUUACCCCUCUGAGCUGCGAGGUCAGUCUGUGAUGGAGGCGGCCAUCUUUAAGAACUGUUCUGGAGAAAAUGCUCCUUCCUUCAAGGAGACCUCCAUCCCUACCAAAGACCCUAUACCAAACAAACCCAUGCGGACCACAAAGGCCAGAUCUGUGCAAUCUGAGCCUAAUCCUAAACCAGCAAAGCCCAAACUGACAGCGGCACCAAAGAAAAAAGAGUUUGAUGAACUCAAACCAGUGCGGGCCCUGAAAAAGAACAGGCCAAACAAGAAAAAAAAGGGAAGGCGACCAAGGAUUAAGUCAUCAGUGAAAAAAGCCAUAGAGUUUUUGAUUUAAACUAUAAGUGAUGUAUUUAUCAGGUGAAAACCUUUACUAUUUAGGUAAAGCUGUUAAAGACCAUUGCCACUGUAUUCAGUCUUUAUGCCCACUGUCCAUAGUUCUUGAAUGUGCAACUUAUUUAAAAUUAUAAAACAUUCCCGUAAACGUUUUUUUUUAUUUAGCAUAUUAGAUUAGAUUAGAUUCAAAUUUAUUGUCAUUAUGGAGAGUACAAGUACAGAGCCAAUGAAACGCAGUUAGCAGAACUGCAAGGCUAUAGUUUUUUAUAUACAUAAGUACAGAGUACGUGAAGCUAUGAUUUACACAAUGUACAGUGGAGUUGCUAUAUACAGUAUUAAGCAGAGUAUGCACAGAAUAUAGAAAUGCAAUGUAGGAUUACAUUAUGAACAGCAGCAACGUAAGAAUAGUGGUAAUAAAUACAGUUGGAUGAGUGUACAAUAGUAUUGUUAAACAAUGUAUUCUAUGCAAAGUAUCAGUAGUGCAAUAAUAUUUUUAUAGAAAUGGUUUACUGUGCUUUUUCCAGUAACAAGUCUGUGUUGAGUAGACCUGAGGAACUGUGUCCAGUGUAAGUUAGAUUGGUGGUGUGGAGUUCAGAAGGUUUAUGGUCUUUUAUAUAUAUAUGGUUUAACUCA